AUGAUGGGCGAUCAACCCCGCGGCGAAGCCGCCGCCUAUUACAAUACGCAACAGGCGCCUAAUCAGUAUGCCCCGUCGCCUCAAUAUGGGCAGCCCGGUCCUCAAGCACCGGCACCGGGUCCAGGUCCGAACUAUACAAAUGGCUACGGCAACGAGAAACCCAUGUUCGAUCAGGCUUUCAAGCUUGAGCGUCCCAAGUACAACGAUAUCUGGGCCGGAAUUCUCUUCCUUAUCGUCUGCGCAGGCUUCGUUGCUGUUUCGGGUAUUUCUAUUAAUGGAUAUGCUUCAUCGAAAAGUUUCCAGGGAGGCGGCAUCUAUGAUUCUGGAUCACGAGUUGGUCUCAACACGAACACUCUCAUUCUAUUCGCCUUCUGUCUCUGUGUCGCAAUUGUAUUCAGCUAUGUCUACGUACUUUUAGCUCGCCAAUUUCCUAAACAAUUCAUCUGGAUAACUGGUAUCCUCAAUAUUGUCCUUGGCCUUGUCACAGCGAUCUACAUGCUAACACGUCACUACUACUCUGGUGGUAUCGUUUUCUUGAUCUUUGUCGCCUUCCUAGUAUUUGCUUUCAUCAGCUGGAUCCCCCGAAUACCUUUUAGCGCUCUUAUGCUAAAGACUGCCGUCGACGUUUCUAAGAGCUAUGGUCACGUCUACCUAGUUAGUGCCCUCGGCGGUCUUUGCGCCACGGCUCUCGCUGCCUGGUACUCUGUGACCCUUGUAGCGGUAUAUGCGAAGUAUUCUCCGGGGCAGAAUCCAGCUUGCGCGGAGGGAGCUGGUGGUUGCAGUAACGCCAAAGUUAAGGGACUAAUCGUCUUCAUCACAUUCGCAAUGUAUUGGAUAUCGGAGUGGUUAAAAGACACCAUUCAUACGACUAUUUCCGGCGUUUACGGAUCUUGGUACUUCCACCCUCAGAAUCUCCCUAGGGGUGCCACCCGAGGUAGUCUCCGACGAGCACUUACAUACAGCUUUGGUUCUAUUUCUCUUGGAUCAUUAAUUGUGGCGAUCAUCAAUUUUCUAAGACAGUUGUGCUCCGUCGCUCAACAGAGCGAGGCUUCCGAAGGAAACAUAGUUGGAAUGGUUAUGUUCUGGAUCCUUGGAUGCAUCAUCGGGCUCCUUGAUUGGGCGGUACAGUUUCUCAACCGUUACGCCUUCUCGUAUAUCGCGUUGUAUGGCAAACCAUACUUCGCUGCCGCUAAGGAUACGUGGACUAUGAUCAAGAAUCGUGGUAUCGAUGCCCUAGUCAACGAAUGCCUUAUUGGUCCGGUUCUCUCUAUGGGAGCUACAUUUGUUGGCUAUGCGACGAGCUUGCUCGCGUAUUUAUACCUUGUAUUCACCAAGCCAUCAUAUAAUUCCGACGGCUCGUACACUGCCGUUGUGGUGGCCUUCGCGUUCCUUAUCGGCUUGCAAAUCUGCAACAUCUUCACGACACCGAUAAGCAGCGGCAUCGAUACGAUAUUUGUCGCUUCGGCAUGGGACCCGCAGGCCUUGAUGCAGAAUCAUCCUGAUUUGUAUGGAGAGAUGGUUCGUGUCUACCCGCAGGUCCAGGUAGCCAUUCAUGCCUAA